AUGUGGCGGGUCGUUGCCGGAGGACUGGCAUUCAGUCGUGAUAUCCCAAAGGGGAGGGAACGGCCCCACAAAGCCGGCAGUGUGAAGUACCUGCUUGGGCAGAUAGUCAUCGGUGACGGCGAAGGGAAGCGCGGUCCGAGCAUGACUGUGAACUACACGCGCGGCGUGGAUCUAGUGCCUCGAGUACACCCCGCUAUCCUUUUCACCCGCGCCUACGAUAGCGCGAUACUGGGUAAACUCGAUUCACGCCGCUGCAGUGACAGCCUGGAAGAAUGUUUCUUGAUUGGUUGGGUCUCGUGCUGGUAUGCUACACGCCAUCGAGGACGUGGUGAUGGUGCAAGAUGCGUGAGGCGUCCUCGACAAUUCCAGAUAGGGCUGGGAUUGGCCAUGUGUCGUGGAUAG